CAUUUGUGAGGAUUGAAUUGGCAUAGGCCAUUUUAAAAUCAUGACAAGCUCAGUGGGACAGAAGAAAGUGUCUUCAAGACAACGCAAGUGUGGUUUUUGUAAGUCUAAUAAAGAUAAUGAAUGUGGACAAUUAUUGAUGUCAGAAAACCAGAAGGUGGCAGCACAUCAUAAAUGUAUGCUGUUUUCAUCUGCAUUGGUAUCUUCACACUCUGAUAAUGAGAGUCUUGGUGGCUUUUCUAUUGAAGAUGUUCAAAAGGAAAUAAAAAGAGGCAUGAAGCUGAUGUGUUCUUUAUGCCAUUGUCCAGGAGCAACCAUUGGUUGUGAUGUGAAAACAUGUCACAAGACAUAUCACUACUACUGUGCAUUGCAUGAUAGAGCUCAGAUAAGAGAGAAACCCUCACAAGGCAUUUACAUGAUACUAUGCCGAAAACACAAGAAAGCUACACACAACUCUGAAGAUUUAGAAGAAGGUAUCAACGAACACGAAUUGGAGCCUUCACCACCAAAAGGAAAGAGGAGGGGUCGGAAGGGAAAACCAAGGAAAACAAAUUUAAAAGGGCAGUCAGAAGACACUAGAUCUACAUCCUCACAUGGCACAGAUGAAAUAGAAAGCAGUUCCUAUAGAGACAGGUCUCCCCACAGAAGCAGCCCCAGUGAUACAAAACCUAAAUGUGGAUUCUGUCAUGCAGGUGAAGAAGAAAAUGAAGCUAGAGGAAAGCUUCAUAUAUUUAAUGCUAAAAAGGCAGCAGCACACUAUAAGUGCAUGUUGUUCUCUUCUGGCACUGUCCAGCUAACAACAACAUCAAGGGCAGAGUUUGGAGAUUUUGAUAUUAAAACUGUACUUCAAGAGAUCAAGAGAGGGAAAAGAAUGAAAUGCACGCUUUGCAGCCAACCUGGUGCCACCAUUGGGUGUGAAAUUAAAGCCUGUAUCAAGACUUACCAUUACCACUGUGGAGUAGAAGACAAAGCAAAGUAUAUUGAGAAUAUGUCACGAGGAAUUUACAAACUCUAUUGUAAAAACCACAGUGGAAAUGAUGAAAGAGAUGAAGAAGAUGAAGAAAGAGAGAGCAAAAGCCGUGGGAAAGCAGGCACUGGCCAUAGUGACAUUCCUCAACAACAGCUCAAUGGAAACUAGAAUUAAAAGUGUGACUUGAAUUGCAAUGACAGAUCGGUUGAUGAAAUUGUUUCCCAAGAUGUUUGUUUUGCUAGACGAUGAACAUUUUUCAACCACACAGAACAGUUUCAGAAUGCAAAAUAAUGUGUCUCUAGAUCGCUUCUACGUUGUGUGCCUCAGACAUGGCCCUUCCAUGAAUAAAGGCACUUUUCAUUGUUUGCAACUACUGUAUUUUUGAUUAAUGAAGGAUGACAGGUACCUGGGGUAGAUAUGCCAACAUAAUCUUUCCAUUUUUUUGCCUCAGUUCUAUUUCAUAUUGUAUCAGCUGUUGGAUUUUAUAAUCUAAUAAUCCAUUUGAUGUGAAAUCAUUCCCUUCCAUGCCACUAGUAACCAUAACAGCACUUUACCUUUGAGUAGCAGAAGAGCAAGUGGCUGGUGACCUGUUAUCUCACUGUGUUGAGAUGGGCUGGCUAACCCCUCAUUCAUUCAUAUUCAUGGUAACUGAAAGUCAGAAGUAAUUUUUCUUCUUUUUGUUACAAGCCUCAAAAUCAUGUAGUCAUUUACUUCAUCUUGUCAUGUAUGCUGGGUAAAAGUGCCUUACGAUGUAAAAAUUGUAUUUAUAUGUUCCCAAGUAGCAUCACCUGCUGGGGAGUAAAUCUGUGAUGGUGUUAAUAUUUAGAAGAAAUGUACCUCAGCAGUGUAUUUACUGUACAUCUCCUAUGUCCUUAACUGUAGUUUUAAUAAGCAUGAAAAUGUAUGAUAGGUAUACAACAUUUGCAUCAUUUUUUAAAGACAAAAUACUGCCAUUGCUGUCUUUUUAUGCGUAUUUUAGCUUGGAAUUUUGGACGGUCUGUCUUUUUUUGUAAAGCAAUGUAAUCUUCGCGAGCAUAUAUUGAAGAUUCUUCUGGAGCAUUUACUGCCUUCUCGGAAAUGUUAGGAGUGCUUUAUAGGUGAAAUGAAAGUGCUUUAUAGGUGAAAUAGAUCUGUUUAAAUUAACUAGUUAAAUUAAUAUCAAUUUGUUCCUACUUUUUUUGUGGGUGGGGGGGUUGAUUUUUGUUUUGUUUUUUUUAAUAGGGACCUCUUUGCUUUCAUCUCACAAUUGGAAAACAGUCCUAAAGUUAAGAAACUUGUCUUCUGAAAAUGAUUGAGGUGAACUGAGUUUUAUGGCCUUUGGGACCAUUUCUUCUUUACAAGAGCAGUACAUGCUGUUAGAGACUCCUCCAAUUGUGAAAACUACCCCCCCACCCCCCCCACCUCCCCUGACAAAAGCCGCAGAGUAGUUUCACAGGAGACUGCCCUUUCAAAAGAUCUAUCCCACUGCUGGCAGGGCUUCUCUUUCCCACAGAAUUCAUAAAGUAAUGCGGGAGGGAAGAGCCCUAGAAAGCUCUUGGACAAAUUACCCAAGACUCUGGUUCAUGCUAACACACUGGCACAGGUUCCACUUGGUGACCAGUCACCGCAGGAGGCUCAACUCUGGUUCGAGGAGACUGAAAUGGUCCAGCCCAGUAUCAGUGUCUGUGGUACUGGCUGGAAGGGGGCUGUGGCAGGGUGGUUAAAGGGUCUGCUUAUUCAGCAGGUGUGUGCCAACCGGAGAUGCUGUGCUCAUGGCCCUGCUAGAAACUCCACUUGCCAAGCUUCAGAAGGCAGCCACGGAUGCACCACGCACACUCCACAAGAUAAAAAUCCUGCCCCCCCGCUCCCCCUCCCUCUCCCCUGAGGUACAAAGAGCCAUGUUGCUAUGUCGGGGGAGGGGGGGUCCAAGCGCAACUCCAUGCAUUAUACAGAAUUUAUCCCCUGGGUUCACUUAUUUGUUGACAGAAGACAUGGCGAGACUACAGGCUGGGGCUUGCUGCUUAUUGCUGCUCUGUGUGGAAAGGAGUACCUUCCUGGUGAGCUGGGGAAGAGGGGGAUGAUGAUCCCCUUGAAAUGCCACCCUUGGUAGUUAAUAAUUGCCAAGGAGAUUUGCAUGGCAAACCAGUAUUCUGGUUGAAUUAACCCUCCUUAUCAUCACCGUGAGGUUUAACUCAUAAGAAGGCUGGAAGUAUGUCACAGCCAGUCCUUCCAUGUCGCUAUCAGCAGAUCCCACUGUAUUAAUGAUGGAGGUUAAAAACCAGAGUACAGCUCUUGAUCAUAUAUAUAUAUACUUGUUGAAGCAGUUUCUGUGUAUGCAUAUGUACGCACACUCGUUAGCCAACGGUGACAUCUCAACCCUUAAAGGAUCCUGGACGACCGUUGCUUGUUGAAAAGCGCUCAGAUCAGGCCCACAUGUUUGGCUUUUGCUCUCAGCAUACAUUUACACUAGAUGUAAAGACAAGGAAUGUAUCAAGAGGGUAAACACAUUCCUAUCGACUCUGUUAUGUAUAUUUUGUUCCUGUUAUAUUGGCUUUACUUCCAAAGUUGUAGUUUGCAGUAUUAGUUUCUUUUUGUUGGUAUCCUUGCAUCUAUAUUCAAUAAAUGAGU